GGAAUGUCUAUAUCCAAUGCUGCCCAUCAAGCAUAAGGAUGGAGGUGGAAACUGAUGAAGAUGACUGCAACAGCAGCAGCAGCAGCAGCAGCAUGAGUGUCAGUUGUAAUGUCACAACGGAAUGGAGGAAAAUGAAACGAAAUAUUAGAAUAAC